UAAUAUCUAAAAAAAAAACAAUAAAAGAAGAGAAAUGCAAUCAGAAUAAUGUGCUGAUGUGCAAAAAAAUUAAGAAAAGGGUAUUUUCUAAACAUUCUAUUCAGUGUAGUUUGUAUGGAGAUAAUAUAGAAUAUUCGUUCAAAUAAUCAAAAAAAUAAUAAAAAGUAAUACAAAUGAAUUAUUUAUAAAAAAAUUGUAUAUCCUGCGAAUCUAUGGUAGCACAUGAAUACCAUGUGCUGAAAAUCAUAACAUUAUUACCAGCGAUGAAUAAGAAAUCUAUGUUCCCAUACAAAGAGAAUUGCAUAUUAAACACACAACAGCUGGAAAGACUUUCGGAACACAAAUGUCAAUGUCGUAACGCAAGUCUAUUAGAUCCUUGGCUACGACUAUGGUGGAAUUGUUUGGCCUUAAAAACCUCCCUGCGGUUAGAACUGAAUUAAAUUACGGCCUAAUAGUAAAUGUCACAACUUUAAUAUUAGUGGGAUACAGUCAAGGCGGAAUAACUCCUCCAUCGCGAAGUGUAGAAUUAAUCAACGAAAAAGAAGCCAGACGAACAAAUACAUCUUCGCCGUUGAGAUAGCUUUUCGAUUAUGGUUGCGAUUCCAUAUCCGGUCUUUUUAUUACGGCCUGUAUACAGUUCAGCCACUAUCCUGACUGGUUAUUCUUCUAGUGUUUUUGUGCUACUGGUUUGUUUGAUAGCGCCGAUUGGCAAAAGUAUGUCUCGGGCAGGUUACGUUCGCGAAAAACUGAAGUAAAUGAAGCUCAAUUCAACGUUCGUUGGUGUACAUUUGUUCCGAAAUUAUGGUUAACGGAGCUAAGAUAUCUUGGAUGUGAAGCGCGCAAUAUGCCUCUAUAUUUUGCGUUUGGCAUUGAUCUUUUAUUCAUUGCACGCUAUACCAACGUCGUGAAGAAUGAAGGAUGCGGUAAAAAUAGAUCCACAAUGGCCGUCAGAAGCGUCUGUUCGCCUAGAAUAUCUUUGACGCUAGUAAUAUUACCGGCAUUUUUAGUUGCUCAGAAAUUGUCAGAGAUAAUCUUUGUGGAACAAUUCUCUCUAUACUUUAUAGUAGUCGGCUUGGUGGCAGCUAAAGUAACCUAUAAAUUGGUUAUUGCUCAUUUGACCAAAGACGAAAUGGAAUAUUUGGAUUGGCCUCUUUUGGGUUCAGGUCUAUUGUUCCUGAAUCAAUAUUUUAAUUGCGUAAUCCCAGGAAAAUGGUUAUUCUGGUCAUUUGGUCUAUUCAGGACUUACUGCGGAACUGUGCACAAGUCGUUUGCAUAUAAAUCUAUUGGCCAUACCUUAUCCAACACGCAUUGCGUCAAUCAAUGCAGUGGCAUGAAUAUGAGUAGCGCAUUUACCACCGGUUCUAGCGAUAAAAAUGUCCCCACUCAUCAUCUAAAGACUUAUAAUAAUAAUUAUUAUCCUGCGUAUUUUAAAGAGAAUUGUGACCUUAUACAACCUUAUUCUUUAAAUAUAUAUAACUAUUUUCCCGAAACAAGUAAGUGUGGCCACAUAUAUUUAUAUUCAUCACAGUUUAUAAAAAAAAAAAAUUUAUAUCUAUUAUACAUAAACGUUAUAAAUAUAUACAUAAACGUCCAUAUACAUAAGUAGAACUAAAGAAAUUAAUGCUUACCUAUUACAUAUUUUAACAUAUUAAGUAUUGAUUAAAAAACAAAAGAAAAAAAUGGAAUAAAGUAUAGUUUUUCUUAAAUUUGAGAGGAAAGUAGUUAAGGGGCUUUCGGACCCAAACUCGCGGUCUGCCAUAGCCAUCAUGGGCCGAAGAAAACCAUAGUCAGGGCGGGUGCAAAAAAUCCCAGGGACGCAAGGGAAGUCCGUUCGCUAAGUUAGUUUACGUUCAUCCGUGUGUUCGUUAAAGGGUAAGUAUGUAUGUAUGUGCUGUUCUUUUAACUGUAACAGUCCGAGGAGUGUCAAUGAGCCGAAAAUAUAGAACCCUUCUCACAUCUCACGAACUAGCUAGCGCAGCAAAGGGAUGUACAUUGGUCUCAUACGCCUCCAAUCCUAAAGUGGUACUUCCGAGUUUUCUUAAAAUUUAAUGCGAUUAAUAGUUUCCUAUACACAGACAGGAAGAUAUAGACAGUGACGUUCUCCACGUUCCAGCUACCUAAGGAAAAGAUCGAUUUACUUCGACCGCGUAACUCAAUUUUCGCCUUUACUUUCAUUCAUUUUAUUAAUUUGUGAAGUUCAAUUUUGUAUUUUUGUUUAGUAUAUAAACGAAUUUACCUAAAGUGAAUGUAUAGUAUUUUAAAAUUAAAUUUUUUCUUUUUAAUCAGUUUCUGAAAAUCAAAUGAAAACCCAGCUUUUUAAUUGUCAUUUAUGCGGAUUUAUUCCUCAUAUUUUUUAUUUCAAUACAAUUCCGUUUGAAAGUGCAGAAGCUAUAUUAUAUUGAUAGGUACAGACCCCGAAAACUCUAAAAUAAUGGUUAAACGGUUCACUAGAAGCAUAUAGAUUCUCCUUAUGCCAUCACUCAUACCAAUUUUUCCUGAGAGGUAUUCGAAAGCCUGUUGGGACGCGAAACUUUUUUAGAAAUCCAUAUGUGACAAUAUAUAUAUAUAUUUUUAUUUACUUUGUUGACGAAUGUAUAAAAUCGUAUGCUUACAUAUUUUCCGCAACAUACGAAGAUGUGAAGCGUCUUAUAAGAUACCUUUUCCGCCCAAUUUCGAUUUUCCUCUACUGCCAAAUAGCAUAGUAUAAGCAAA